CCUUUAACCGAUGAGUUUCCAACGUGACAUUUCAUUCCUAUAAGUUGAGAGGUACUUACAUAUAUUCAAAGAUGACUACCACACCGGUGCCUUCGGUAAAGUCGACGAAAAACAGCGUCGUUCAUAGUACAAUGAACACUGAAGAAUCUUCAUACAACAGUAUACUGGCAUGUUUUGAUAGAUUAUUACCGGAAGAUACAGAAGCCAGAUCGAUAACGGUAAAAUUUCGGAGUCACGGCGAGUUUAUAUAUACCCAAUCGUAUUAUGAAGGAGUAACAAUCGGUUAUCUGAAAGAUGUUCUUACCGAUAUAUUGAAUAUUCCAUCCUACGCAAUGGAAUUAAUCCACGAAGACCGAUACACGGAUAAUAACGAACAAUUAUGCAAUUUCGAUAUCGGUAUAUUUAGAAUAUUAGAACUAGAUUUGUUCUCAACUCACGUCUUUUCAACGAGCAACCUUUACGAAGAUUAUUUCUAUCCUGACGUGUUAACGGUACAAAUCAUGAAUGAAGACGGCACUUGGAGAUAUGUAGUGGUGGAAAUUGAACAUAAAGAAAUUAUAAAACCGUUUUUGGGUGGUUAUUUAAACAUAUUAACUGGCGUUGAGUAUCAUCAUGGAUAUACACAAACUGGUCCACUACCACCAAGAAUCCCCGUCGACCAACAAAGUAAUCGAGAUACACAAACGUAUUUUUUAAGAAAUCGAAAACAAUUAACCACUUAUUCGAGAGCGACUCAAAUGGCCAACGAAGAAAUAUGGAUCCCAAACGUAACUGAUAAAAUAUUAAAAGCAGGUAAAUACAUUACCGCUGAAGAAUUAGAGAAAAUUAAAAACAUCCCCGGGAAAGUAAAGAUAAUCCAACGAUAUUAUCGUGCUUGGAAAAUUCGGAGAUCUUUAAAAGAAUUGGCAAAAGAAUAUUAUAAAAGAUUGGAAAAAGAAGCGGAAGAAGACGAAUAUCAAAGAAGAAUCGACGAUGAACGUAAAAAGCAAGAAUUGAUAGCCAAAGUUUUUCCAAGAUCGAAGAGUGAUUUUUCAAUGAUCUAUUACAUGCUGGAUAAGUGGAAAAAGGCCGAAUUAGAACGGAUAACAAGCAACACUUGUGGCCCCGCGAGAUUGGCCGAAAUGUACUUACUUUUAGAAAAAGAAAUCGAAUUUUUAAGAAAUUUAGACAUGCAUAGACAAGCAGUCGCGGAAGACGAAAAAAUUCAAAAAACAGAAACUUUUUUUGAAACAAUCGGUAAACCAAUUCAAUGGAACAGCGAAUACAAAAACUUAUUAUGCACAAUGGAUUCAUUAGAAACCCAAAAAGCUCGUGAAUAUUAUAAAAUUUACCUACAAUUAACAGAUAAAAACAAAACGAAAGAAGAAAGAAUACAAAUUCUUCUCGGUAUUAAAUUAUCCUUAGAUAACCACACUUGUGAAAUUUCAGCCGAAUUAAUUGAUUUAAUCGAUCGCGAAUGUACCUUAACUGUUCGUGGUUUAAACGAGCAUCAUUUAGAGAUAUUACAGAAAAGAAUCGAAUCACUAUUUGUAAAGCAUAUUCAACAACCGGAGUGUAGUAACGGAGUUACAAACAGAAUGAACCGAGUACGCGAAAAAUUAAUGGAAGGCAAUUUAUUCUUUUGCCAUCGUUGUAAAAAACUGAAAACUCACGAAGAAUUCCCGCUAAAUUCCCGAACUGAAUCGUUCAUCGUUUGUAAAAGUUGCUCAUAUACUGAUAGGGUGUUAGAACCAUGGUUUGAUAUCGCCCCAUAUCGCUUUAUUUUACGUUGGAUAAGACGCGAAGAACGAUUAAAAUGUUCAUCUUCUUCCGUGGCGUUUAUAAUGCAAGAAAGAGAUAUCGAAUAUAUAAUCAAUAGAAUAUGGCAUUCUCAUUCCGCUGUAAAUGAAUGUAACGACAUUUACGAAUUAAGAUUGUGUCGAUUUUUUAAAGAGGAAGAUUGGGCCCCGUGGAAUUGUAUACUUUUAACGAAAGAUGAGGUCAAACAACAUUUAAAUAUUCGCACAUUGGAUAAGGUUUACGAUAAUGAAUUGUUGUGUAACGUUUAUAAUAAACACGUGCUGGCUAAGAAAUAUUUUGCGAAAGCAUUACAACUGGAUAAUUAUUAUCAGGAGAUUGGAAAGGUUGAUACGAGAUGGAACGAAAUUAUUGAGUUGAAACAAUUGGUUAAGGUUACUAGUAAACCAAAAAUAUUUUUGAGUUGUCAUUAAAAUAAAAUUAAUAAAAUAUAAAGUGAAAACGA